CAGGGGGCGGUGAUGGCACUGGACUGUCAAAAUUUUAUUAUCUUCUAAAAAAAACAUUUUUGGACCUUUUUUCCAUCGCGUUUUUGUGAAAAUACCCUGGCCGUCGGCCGAAAUAAGGCUCUUCUCGUCCCCCCGGUAAAUUACAAUUCCGUCGGGAACAUUGUGUCUUUUCGGUGGCAUUGGUACGGUGUAUGUGUAAAAUGGUCGACAUUUGAUAAUGACAACUGUCUCGGGCUCUGUGAUGGGUGAUUAGAGCGUUGGGACCCAAGAAAAUAAACAAUACCGACUUAAAAAAAACAUUAUAAGAUGUAGAUUAUAAAGUGUGUCUUAGUUGUACGUUUAAGAUAGUGUUUAUUUUUAUUUUUUAAAUAAGUUUUUAGUAGGUUUUUUUUAAGUUUGUGAAGUUUUGUUUUUGAGACUUGGCUUCUUCCGGUAGGUGAGAUAGUUUCUGUGCCGCUUCAGUGCUAUAUAAUGAACGAGAUAGAAGCCCAGGCGCAGGAACACCUGAGGCACAGGAAUUAUCUGGUGGCCCUCGAGCUGUUCGACCACCUCCUGAAGUUGCCUAGAGUGAAGUCGGCGACGAAAGAAAGGAUCGUCGCUUACCUUUUCGGCCGUUCGGAAUGUUUCCUGGAGCUCGGGCAGCAUGAGGCGGUGAUCGCGGACUGUCGGAAGAUCAUCAAGUUGGUGGAAGGAGACGGGAGCACCCGGGCCUGGAGGCGGCUGGUCCACGCUCUUUUCCUCCUCAAGCGUUUCGACGAGGCCGAAGCGGCAGUCGUCGACUGGAUCAACACCUCCGGCGGAGUGGACUCGACUGACACGGAGGCGGUUAAGAUGCUCGAACACGCUCGUGAAUUCUUGCAGGGCGGUAAGCAGCGCAUUGAGGAUUCCGUCUUCAGGCAAGAGGCGACCGAGCCCUGGCGGCAGCCAGCAGCCAUGGAAGAGUCGUCAAAGCGCACGAGGAGUUAUCCCGUUAAGCUGGUCGAAACCGACUCCGACCAGCCUGUCACCUCUUCAAAUUCCAACAGUCAAAUUAUUUUGGCUUCGGAAAGUUCGGCAGCAAUGAGCCGUUUGCAGAAAGAUAUUGUGCAGAAGUCACUCGCCUGUAUUUACUGCGGGCUCAGUUUCAGCACGAGAUCCGAGCUGAAAGCCCAUUGUCAAACGGAGGCUCAUCAGACAGUUAUUAUGAGCGAUGAGGGCCGUGAUUGGAAAUGGCGGCCACCGCCGAGAGGUCAUAUUGCCGACAAUUACACCCUGUGCGAAAAUUGGGUGGAAAUGGGCACUUGUCGCUACGGCGCUCAGUGUGUGGAAGCUCAUGGGGCUGAAGAACUCUCAGAAUGGAAACAGCGGUUCGAGUACAGGAGGAUGAAGCUCCAAAGAGCUUGUGAGAAAGAGCUAUACGGCAAAUCAUACACAGAGCAACUCCUUGAAAGAUGGUCCCAAACAUCGGAGCCAUCAGAUGUGAUGAGGGAAAAAAUAGAUGACAUCAGUGAUUCCUGUUCUUCCCCUUUGGUCACUACGAUGUCAUCAAAAGUAAGCCGACACUUGUGGACAUUUACAAUAAAUACCCAUCUGCCUUUGAAAGCCGUUGCACUAUUGCAGGAUACCCAUCGGAACCAUUUCAACCUUUCACGAAUAACGACAACAAAAGGGGUUCAACAGCUCCUGUACGUUCAGCUUAAAGGAGAUCAAGAAUGGACAGGGGAUAUCCCGGCAGAAGAAAACGCUGAUGUUCAAUUGGUCCACACAGUUGAAGUCGGUUUUAACACCGAUAUCUACGGAACAUUCCGCCAGUCUGUCGUUUUUGAUUUUGGAACAUCACCAACACUUGUGAAACACCUCUGUGUCGAUGUGAUGCCGGUUACUGAUGCAGACAAAAUGAAAGAACUGAAAAAAGAGCUGGUCCUAACUGCAGCAGAAAGGUGGAACUCUGACAACACGACGAUAGUCCCUUAUUCACCAUCGACCGACUGUGAAUUGACAAAAAGAGAAAGAGAAAGAGAUCAAGAGCUAAUGGCCGCAUACCCGCCGCCGAGCCCAGACACUUUUACAUUGACACAGUCAACCGUGACAGAAAAAAGGCCCAACAGGGCAAAUUAUCGUGCGAGAAUACAUGAGCUGCUUUAUGUUGAAGAAAUGGCAAGGUACCAAUUGGUGGCAAAUUACAAUCUGGAAGCGAGACUUCAAUUGGCAAAAAAUUACCUCUUGUCGCCGAGUGGGGUCGCAGCGAGUACGGCUAAGUAUGCACAGAAUGGUGAACUCUUUGCGCUCCUCUCCCUAGGAAAGAAUGUCAGCGAGGACACAUCGGCAGGAAGGCUGAUAUUGAACAAUUGUGCCACAGUACUUUUGUCGCCUGCCAAGCAAAAAGGUGAGAAAGAUAAAACAGAAGGUGAAGAUCAAAAGAGAGUUGUGUAUGAAUCGAUAAUAGAGGACAAGGGCAAAAAUAUUGUCUAUCUAAGACUUUCAGCUUCAACGGUGCAAGCUUUAAACUUAAAGGCAGAUACAAAGGUUUUGAUGGACGUUCAGUUCCAACUGAACCGAGUACCUUACUGUGAAUGGCAUCAGGCGAUUGACAAAAUCGCAGAUUUCAGAAUUAUUUUUCCAGAGACUUACGUAGAGCCUACAAUCCCUUGGUCCCCACAGAGACAAUGGAGUGGUCCUGAGUCGAAGUUGAACCCCAAGCAAAGAGAGGCUGUCAUGGCGAUUACAACUCCAUUAGAAAUUCAGUUACCUCCAAUUCUCAUCAUAGGACCGUUCGGCACGGGGAAAACUUACACUCUGGCCCAUGCUAUAAAAGAGGUACUUAAACAACCAGGCACGAGAGUUCUCGUCUGCACGCAUUCAAAUUCAGCUGCUGACCUCUACAUCAAAGACUACCUGCAUCCUUAUGUCGAAGCUGGCCACGAAGAAGCAAGACCUCUUAGAAUAUUCUAUCACCGAAGAUGGGUCUCUACUGUAAACCACAUUGUUCAAAAGUAUGCUAUAUUUGAAACAAACGAUCAAGGUGUGAGGACUUUCAAAGUGCCCAAAGUCGAAGAUAUUUUAAAGCAUAGAGUCAUAGUUGUCACCCUCAGUAUUUCAAUGCACCUGUCCAAUAUGGGACUUAGAAAAGGCCAUUUUACACAUAUAUUAUUGGAUGAAGCUGCCCAGGCGAUGGAGUGCGAGGCGAUUAUGCCACUUGCUCUGGCAACUGAUACCACGAGGAUCGUUUUAGCCGGUGAUCACAUGCAGUUGAGUCCAGAGCUGUUUUCUGAAUUUGCAAAAGAGAGAAAUCUACAUAUAUCUGUGCUUGAGAGGCUGUAUGAUCAUUAUCCUGCAUCAUUUCCUUGUAAAAUAUUACUCUGUGAAAAUUACCGUGCUCACGAAGCGAUAAUCCAGUUUACGUCGGAGUUGUUUUAUGAGCAGAAACUUGUGAGCAGCGGGAAACAGCCGAGGCACGAUUACUUCUAUCCUCUCACAUUUUUUACAACUAGGGGCGAAGACGUACAAGACCACAAUUCAACGGCAUUUUACAACAAUGCAGAAGUAUACGAGGUUGUGGAGAGGGUGUGCGAGUUAAAAAAGCGAUGGCCACCGUCCUGGGGCAAGCUCGACGACCAGUCCAUCGGUAUCAUGACACCCUAUUCUGACCAGGUGUUCAGAAUAAGGUCCGAACUGAGAAAACGUAGACUGGGAGGAAUAUCUGUUGAAAGGGUCCUUAAUGUACAAGGCAAGCAAUUCAGAGCUAUAUUUUUAAGUACAGUUAGAACAAGGAGGACGUGCAAUAACAAAUCCGGCGCCGAGGUGGACUAUGGAUUCUUGUCCAAUUCAAAAUUGCUUAACACGGCCAUCACAAGGGCUCAAUCACUUGUUGCCGUCGUGGGUGAUCCCAUCGCGCUCUGUUCGAUCGGGCGUUGCCGCAAGGUCUGGGAGCGUUUCAUCGAGAUCUGUGAUAGGAAUGGUUCAUUAUUCGGCAUCAAAUGGUCAUACCUGAGAUCCCAGUUGGAUGGUGUAGAACUGAAGAGGGUGUACACGUUAAACCCACUCGCGCCUGAAUUCAUCCCGAGGCAGUACCGUGAGCCGAGAUAUUUUGUGAAACCUCUUCUCGGCGGGUAUCCUCUACUGCGUUACGGCCCUCCUCCGCUUCCUGUCCCUCCGGUGAUGUCCUACCCGAUGUACUACCCUCCACCGGCCAUCUUUUCAAUCCGUCCCAUCUACCCGUACCUCAAUCCGUACCAGACGAAUGUGCCCCUGUCUUCGAACCAGAACUUCCUCAUAAAGGAUAUUUUGGGUAGCAACACAAACACAAUGCCGUUGCACUCUGUCCAGCCCCCACCGCCUCCUGCAAUGCCCAAUAGUCCUCUGUACUACAACCAACUGCUCGCUCAGCAACAACAGCAGCAACAAUUGAAACAGCAACAACUGCAACAGCACACAUCGCAGCCACAACAGCUUCAGCAUAUGCCCCAGCAGCAUAUAUCUCUCCAACAGCAAAACUCACAACAGAUGCUUUUGGAGAAAAAAACUGAAAAACGGGACAUCCAGUUUUUAAACAAUGUUCAUUUCCCUGAAAGACAGUGUGUGCUUCCUCUUUUGCCUAACGAUGUUUCUAUAGACGAACUCUUGGAUUCUCAGACAAAACAACUCGAAUGGUUUAACUUUCUUCAAGGGAAUGUUGGUUUGGAUGCUGCAGCCAAGUUUGCUGAUUUUAUAACAAAAGCUUUAGCAGCGAGAAAGCCGCCUCCUCAGAGUGAUCUCUCUGGAUUUGGUGAUCUUCAAAUCGCCAAACCACCUCCUUACAAGUACAUCACAUCACCACAGGUGAAAAACGGGCCGUUUAACACGUCCAGCGCCGAUCCACCGAGUUGGCGCGUUUUAUCUGAGAAACCGCUGUCUCAGCUGGCAAGUCUUUUUGCAACAGAUUGCUCGAUCACCGAUCUGCCACAGCCGCGAAACGGUUCGGUACCGCUCUACCAGCGGCAACCUGGUACGACAAACACUUACGCGAAUGCGGUCAAAGCGCAGAACAGCCAGGACGAGGAGAAGGAUCUUCUCGCCGGACUACGCGAUCUCGGCAACAAAGCGCUCGGCGUCUAUCAGUAUUUCUCGUGAAAAGCUUCACUCUGAUAAUCUUCUCUUUAAAAAAUGAUUAAUCAUUCACAUUUACAUUCGUCAAAUCAUAAAGAAACAGUAUUUACUUUAUUUUAAUAUUUUAGUUCAUUUUUUAAACUUUUUGAAGGGUGAUUUUUUUGUACAUAGAAACAUUGAU